GUUUAGGUAACUUCACACGUUCACACUGCUGGAACACGUGGGCGCGCCCUGCUGGUUCAGUGUGUCACACGUGAGCGCGCAGUGUUAUGAGAGCGCUGAGGAGCUGUGAAACCGGAGGAGCGCGAGCACAGCACUCAGACCAGCACAGACCAGAACUCCGACCUUAAACACCCUCUCUGUAAACAUGGCAUCGCCCCGGACCGUCGUCUGCUUACUCAGAAACGACCUGCGGCUCCACGACAACGAGGUCUUCCACUGGGCUCUGAGAAAUGCUGACCACAUAGUGCCUCUCUACUGCUUUGACCCACGUCAUUAUUUGGGCACCCAGCACUUUAACUUUCCAAAAACUGGCCCCUUCCGCCUGCGCUUCCUGCUGGACAGUGUGAAGGACCUGCGAGCCACACUGAAGAAGACGGGCAGCAGUCUAAUAGUCAGACGUGGAAAACCUGAAGAAGUCGUGAAUGAUUUGAUUAAGCAGUUGGGUUCGGUCAGCACUGUGGUGUUUCAUGAAGAGGUGACAUCGGAAGAAAAGCAAGUGGAGAAGAAGCUAAAACAUGUGUGUUUCCAGAACAAGGUGAAAAUUCAGACAUUCUGGGGGUCCACACUGUACCACAGAGAUGACCUCCCCUUCCGUCACAUUGGAGGAUUGCCUGAUGUCUACACUGCAUUCAGGAAGGCAGUGGAGGAGAGGAGCGGGGUAAGGCCAGUGCUUCCCUCAGCAGAUCACAUCAGACCUCUUCCCCCAGGCCUCGAGGAGGGCCCCAUACCAACGUUUGAGGACUUGGAACAGACAGAGCCGCUGGAGGACCCCCGUUCUGCUUUCCCGUGUCGAGGUGGGGAGAGUGAGGCACUCACUAGACUACAGCACUACUUCUGGGAUACAAAUGCUGUCGCCACCUAUAAAGAGACCAGAAAUGGCUUGAUUGGGGUUGAAUACUCAACAAAGUUUGCACCCUGGCUUGCUGUGGGUUGCAUAUCUCCAAGGUACAUUUAUGAACAGAUCAAGAGAUACGAGGCUGAGAGAACCGCCAACCAAAGUACCUACUGGGUGAUAUUUGAACUGCUAUGGAGAGAUUACUUCAGAUUUGUUGCUUUGAAGUAUGGAAACCGAAUAUUUCACUUGAAUGGCCUACAAGAUAAACACGUGCCCUGGAAGACAGAUAUGGAGCUCUUCAAUGCCUGGAAAGAGGGCAGGACUGGGGUGCCGUUUGUGGACGCCAACAUGAGAGAGCUCUUUCUGACUGGGUUCAUGUCCAACAGGGGGCGGCAGAAUGUCGCCAGCUUCCUCACUAAAGACCUGGGCCUGGACUGGAGGCUUGGAGCUGAAUGGUUUGAGUACCUGCUGGUGGACUAUGAUGUGUGCAGCAACUACGGAAACUGGCUUUACAGUGCUGGAGUAGGAAAUGACCCUCGAGAAAACAGGAAGUUUAAUAUGAUCAAACAAGCACUCGACUAUGAUAGUAAUGGAGACUAUGUACGGCAGUGGGUGCCGGAGCUGAAAGGCAUUACAGGUGGAGACAUACACGCCCCGUGGACCCUGAGCAGUGCCUCACUGUCUCAUUCAGGAGUAGAACUGGACAACACAUAUCCGACUCCUAUCAUCAUGGCACCUGAGUGGAGUCGGCAUAUCAACCAGAAACCAUCUGGUGCAAUGUCUUCAAGAGGGAAAAAGAGAGGGCCCUCUCACACACCACGACAACACCGGGACAGAGGCAUCGACUUCUACUUCUCCAAGAGUAAAAAUCUCUGAAGAACAGAAGAUCUCAGAAGGGCUCUGUAUAAUAGUUUUCUGCAUAUUAAUUUCUCCUCAGUCUACAGUCUGUUACAUGUUCCAAUUGGUGCUUCACUACUAUGGUUUACAAAAUGUGUAAAUAAAACAUUUAUAUAUGUUUUAACGUUUUAA